AGCGAGAAAGAAAGAGCGAGCGCUCGCCGUUUGCGGGUUAAAGAGCGCAGAAACUUUCAGCAGUGCGAACGUGCAGUAACGGGUCUGCAGCUUUUAUUUAUAACAAAACGAAAAAAAGAAACAAAUAAAUUGCUAUUCUCUUUAUUAAUUUUAUUCUUUUGCACAUUGAACGCACUCUAAGCUCAUUCAUAACGACCGCGCAGUCAAACCGUUACAAGCACACCUAACCUCAAAAAUUGUCAUUAAAAAUUCAAGAGCAACAUUUUUCAGCAACAAAAAGGUGCCGAGAAAUAAUGAAUGUCGUCUGAUUAUCCAUCAAUUCGAGAUUGCAUUCACUCACGUUCCGCUUGAUGACAUCCAGGCAAUUUCUAAUCUUCAUUUUAUUGCUAAUACCAUGGCCACCAUCCAACGUUAUCAAGAUACUCUGCUCGCGAGAUAACAGCCGCCUGGUGCGCAAGAUAGUGCGCUCCAAGUGGACGCCCAUUUUGGACAAGCAUCAGGUGAAACUGCCCUUGGAGUGUCCGCUGCAUCCGCUGAGAGAUGUGUUUGCGCCACGCCAGGAGGAAAAGCAACGGGAUCGGCCCACGCAGUGGACCUGCCGGCGUUGCGGCAAGAGUUUCUACCAGGAGAAGUAUCUUGACUUGCACUUCGAUACCCGGCACAAGCACAUCAUCAAUGAGGCAGAGGACUCCGUUUGCUUGGCCGACUUUUGCGAUAUAAUGCGUUGUGAGGUAUUCCAAACGGAGGACGCUUCUAGCCUUAAGUUUGGGGAUCAGCACAUCGUUACCGAUAUCGAAGUUUGGGGCGACUCUCUGGGUCAAAACUCCGCCCUGGCCAAAGCGAAUGCCGCGUACUUGAGCUUAAUACCAAGAACUUCCACAUUGAGUGCCACUCGUGCAGCCAAAGUACAAAAUCGUCAAUUACUCCAAGAGAAGCCAAGUCCCACGAAGAAACAGUCCCCGGCCGAUGCCACCAAUGCCGGCGAUGGCUCAGUGGCCAAGCCCAUGUCGGCCGGCGAGAAGCUGCUGAUGAAGCUGAAGGAGCUCAGUCAGACACAUCUGAAACGCACCGAAACUGAGGCAUCGACCUCAGCUGAGUCCAAGCAAAACGAAACGGACGAGGCUGAGCACAGCGGCGAUGCGGAGGGCAGCGGCCAGCCAGAUCCCAGCACAACAGUGGACGGGGCUAACGGACAGGCCAAGGUGCGGGCCAAUUGCAAACCUGAGGAGCUAAGCAAGCUGAAGGCACGCUGCGAGCUGCUGUUACGCAGCUGUAUUGGCGGCCUGCUGCUGGCCAUGUCCGAUCAGGCGUUCAAGGAGAUGGAGGAGGAGAUGAACAAGGCGGUCUGCUGGUACCUCACCUGUGAUCGGUACUGGGAGGAUGGCCCACUGGAACCACGUGCCUUUCCCUGGGGUCUCAUUGUCAUACUGAUAUUCGUGCUGUCGACGGGCAUCUGUUUCUGCUACUACAUCAUUUGGAUACUGUUUGACUCCGAAGAAACGACAAUCAAUGCCAACCAUUAUGCAGGCGUCGGAGCCGGCGGCAGCAUCUACAUGCCGGCGCCGCACCACUACCAUCACGAUUAUGCCACACAGCAGGAACUGCAGCUGGACGCAGGCGGGAUACCUGGUCGGACUGCCGAUCCCUAUCAACAGCAUCAACAGCAACAACAUCAUCAGCAGCAGCAGCAACAGCAGCAACAACAGUUAUACUACCAGCAACAGCAGCAGCAACAGCAACUGCAACAACAGCAGCAGGCUCGCGAUUUGUAUCCCGAACAGGUUCAAUACCAUCGACACAGUCCGCGUCACUACAUCGCCGAUCAGCGUCCAGCGGCGCCGGCGGUGGGUCAGGGUACGCCCACCAGUUCGUCGGCCGGCGGCCGGCAAGUGGUGGGGUCCUCGUCCAACGCCAAUACGCCGCUGCAUCGGCACUCGACGAGCCUGGCCUACCCACAGGACAUUUUAGACCGACGCGACUAUACAAGUAACUCCGGCCGGCCAAUCGCCACGAGUGUGGUAAGCAAUAUGAGCGGCGCUGGCCCUGGUGGUGCGGCCGGUGCUGGCAUCGGUGGUGGUGUUCACUACAACACACAUCCGCGGCCACUGGACACGCGGCAUCGUCAUGUUGGCGCCUCGCAGCAAUCGCUACGCGCCUCCUCCUCCACGCACGAGAUCGUGCAGAGCGAGGUGGGUGGACAGAAUGAGCACUACAUAUAUGUUACGUAUCCGCCGGAUCUGAAGAAGCGCUACUUCGACAAGUACGAGUAGGACCAAAGAGAGCGAGAGAGAGCGAGAGAGAGAGAGAGUGCGGAAAUGCGCAAACGAGACGCAUGCAAAUACUAAACGAGUCCUUGGUGCGAAGGACAAUGAAGCAACCUAAACCCCGUUGGUUUUUUACUUUAGCCUGCAAAUUCUAGAUUUGUGAACUGUGCUGUAUUUUUGAAUUCUACAAACAAAAACAAACGAAUAAAAUCGC